AUGUCGACUGCCAACGGCUCGGGCACGGUCAACACGACCACCAAGGUCGACUCGACCUUGGUGGCCCAAACGACGGAAUCGUCCUCUUCGUCAGCUGUCCCGACAACGAGCAGCACUAGCAGUACGUCCAGCACGACCAGUACCCCGUCGACCACUUCCACUCCCACUUCCACCUCUUCCACUUCUUCGACGACCUCAGUGCCGACAUCAACUACGUCGUCCACUUCCACCACCACAACUGCUCCCCAUACUACCUCUACGUCCUCUACGUCGUCUACGUCCUCUACGUCCUCGACUACCUCUGUCGCCGAGCCUACUACUAGCUCCUCUUCAACGGUCGUGGUCGUGACACAGACGCAAACCGACGCCUCGACCACGAACACUGCAGCUUCGACCAUCGCCUCGACGAGCGCGACUAACUCCGCUUCUUUAUCCACCUCGACUGCCGCGGCCAGCUCUGGCCUGUCCUCUGGCGGCAAGAUUGCCGUUGCCGUUGUCGUGCCCGUUGCUUCCGUCGCGUUGAUCAUUUUGGCCGCGCUCUGGUUCUGGCGGAAGCGCAAGGCGAACAAGGCUGCCGAGGAAGAGCGCCGGAAGGAAGUCGAGGAAUAUGGCUUCAACCCGAACAAUGAUCCCACUCUACCCGGCAUGAUGGCUGCUGGUAGCGUCGCUCCCAAGGAUGAUACAUCUGCUGGAUACCGUGGCUGGGGUACCACCUCUGCCGGUCGUAAAGCUUCCACCAAUCUGUCUAGCGGCAUGGGUGGUAUGGCGAUGUCUGAAGGAAGCGGCGCGUACCACCACAUGGCGACCCCUAGUGAAGGCACUGUGCAGUAUUCCGAAGGUACUCGCCCCGACUCGGGCGAGGUUGAACCCAUUGGCGUGCUGGGUGCUGCUCCUGUUGCGGCCAACAACACCCGCAAUGGCGACAUCCAUCGGGGGCCAUCCAAUGCUUCUUCGGCCUACUCGGCUGCCAACCACUCCGAGGCUUCAGAGGAGAGCCACAUGUCGGGGGGCCACCCGUCUGCCGGCUACUAUGGAGAGAACCCUUAUUAUGGCGACAUGAACAACCAAGGUGCUUACGGUGGUGAGGACUACCAACCCGUCAUCCGGGACGUCCAGGCACGCCGUAACACGCGCAUCGAGAACCCCGGUGUCUACCCGCGAUCCGGCAACGCCGGCAUUGCCCAGAAUUUCUAG